GUCACCCGGUCCUGACGGAGGAGCGAGGGUUCCGGUGAGGGGCGGGGCUGGGAGAUGGCGUUCGGAGCGGCUCGCUGGCUGGCUUUGACGUCUGUCCGAUCCUGGCCUCUCCGGAGCAGGCCAAGCUUGAGGAAAGGUGACCAUGUCUCCGCCGUACAGGGUAGCUCAGGUCGGAGCUUGGUACCGUCGAGGUCAGUCAUCGUUACCCGCAGCGGCGCCAUUUUGCCCAAACCGGUGAAAGUGAGUGUCUUCCUGGAGACGGGGCGAAGGGGCCGAGGCCAAUCCUUGUGGGGCGUGCCACAGGCUGAUGCUGAUUGACAGGACCAGAGACCAAUCAUAGGAUCGGCAUAGACUAGAAGGCGGACCAAGGACAAAUUUUUGCGCUAAUGGUUGCUAAUUUUGAUCCGUGGGAGAAGAUGAUGGGUUAAAAUCCGGUGUUGAGCUGGGUGCUUGGAGACAGAAAUCGAUGGGCAGAACUUGUAUUUUGCACUAGUUUAUCGUGAGUUGUGUGGUGCCCCAUUCCUCUGGGGCCAGAAGACGGCUUGUGUGUGGAGUUUAGACAAGUCACGCAGUCUGUCUGCCCAGUUUACAGUCAGAUUUUUACAAAUGAAGAAUCGGGCCUUAGUGGUGAAGCCGGUGUCCGAGGCUCGCAGCUGAGUUAGGUCUUGGCAUCCAGGCUUCUUACUGGAAUAGCCCCGACUAGGUCCUGUUUUUUCCAUCACUGAAUACUGUCACUUGCCCUCAGUACCCUUAGGUCUAAGGAAAAUGGAAAUGGUCUCUUAUAUCAAUCAAAGGUGUGCUUUUUAACUGCAGGGCUGUGUGGGAGUUAAAAACAAAAAAAUUCCUUUAUGCUAACUCACACAAUUGAUCAUAGGCUGUAUUCACGGUAAGCAGCAGGAAAGUGCAGCCUGCCUUUUAAAAAGGCACAGGUGAGAAAAAAAAUGUAACUCCCGGAAUAUACAGAGGAAAAAUGGUGAGAUUUUACUAACACUCCUCCAGUCCAUCUACAUUGUCUGUUUCUAAGAUUUAAUGUGGUGAAAUCACAGUUGUCAGGCAUCAGGGAACUUGAAGAACUGUAGAGAAUAUCCCUCCACUGAACAUGUUUUUGU